GUUAUUUUGUAAGGAAGUCACUGAGUUCGAUUUACCUAUAAGAAUCUGACCGAUACAGUUUCAGUUUGGUGAGCCGGUUGUUUUUGUUUUGUUUUCUGUUUUGCGAAAAUAUUUUAAGUUAAAAUGGAGGAUCAAGAUAGAAUAAGAAAACUUUUCGAGGGAAAAACCAUUUUCAUGAGUGGUGGAACCGGCUUCCUAGGAAAAGUGCUCAUAGAAAAACUCAUAAGAUGCUGCAAUGUUAAGAAAAUUUACAUCUUAAUCAGGAGAAAAAAGGGAAUGUCUGUUACAGAAAGAUUGGCUUUCAUCUUUAAAAACCCUCUAUUUGACCUUCUAAAAUCCACACAGCCGGACUUUGCCUCAAAAUGCGAAUGUGUGCCUGGAGACGUGACCCUCAAAGAAUUAGCAAUGUCCGAAUUUUACACAAACAAAGUCAUAAACGAAGCCGAUUUCAUUUUUAAUAUGGCGGCUACCACUAGAUUCGAUGACACCAUAACCUAUGCUGUUUCCAUGAACACCAGAGGUACCGAGUAUAUGCUACACCUGGCCAAACAGUGCAAAAAGUUGAAAUUGUUCAUCCAUUGUUCAACGGCGUACGCUUUCCCUCAUGAGACAGUUUUGGAAGAAAAAAGAUACGCACCACCAGUGAACCCUCACGACGUUUUGGAUAGUUUGAAAUGGAUAAAAGAAGAUCCAACUGGACGACUCACCCAAGAGUUGCUUGGUGAUUCACCAAACACGUACACAUUUUCGAAGGCUCUAGCUGAAGAGUUAGUCAAUGAACAGGUCGGAAAGAUGCCAGUGAUAAUAGUCAGACCUGCCAUAGUUAUUCCAAUUUUCGAUUCCCCUCUGAAAGGAUGGUGCAACAACCUUCAAGGCCCAAUGGGUCUUUUUGUGGGGGCAGGCAAAGGGGUCAUAAGGUCAAUGUACAUGAACCCCAAUUCCUACGCCAACUUUAUACCGGCCGACUCAGCUAUCAACAUAAUGCUGUUUGGUAGUCUGGCAUACCUUUCAGGAAACAAUAAUAAACAAUACAUUUACAAUGCUGUCUCUCCAAGAGAAGACUUCCACAAAACCUGGGAAGAAAUAAUCAAUGAAGGAAGGAAAGUUAUCGAAGAAGAUAUACCAUUCAAUAUGAUUUUAUGGUAUCCUGGUGGAACCAUGACGCAAAAUAAAUUAUUACACACCAUUUACUUCUACCUAUUUCAAAUGAUACCAGCCAUAUUCGUUGAUAUGUUACUGUUUAUAUUGGGAUAUCCACCAGUUUUGUACAAGGUGCAAAGACGCAUUCAGAACGCUGGUGGUAUGUUUGAGUUUUACACCACUAAAAAAUGGGAUUUUACGGAUUCGGUGGCCAUAUUGAGGAGUGGCAUGAGCAAAACGGAGAAAAACCGUUACAAAAUGGAUCCGGAAGGUUUUUCAGUUAGGACUUAUUUAAGGGAUUGUAUGUUGUGCGUCAGAAGAGUAAACUUAAAGGAGUCUGAUGAUUUGUUGCCGAGGGCAAAGAAGACAAUGAAGAUUAUGUAUGUUGUGGACAAACUAUGCAAGACAUGGUUCUUACUGGGCAUUCUCUACUACAUCUACAAGUUUGCAUUCCUACCUAUAUUGAAUAACUAAAUUAAAUAAAAAGGAAAUAAAUACACAUCUGGUCUUAAAUAUUGUAUUUCCUUUGCUUUUAUAUAUAUAUAUAGAUAUAUAUAUACUUAAAU